AUGACAGUGACAGACGAGAAAAUAUUACUGCCAGUUGUGGGUUUGUUCCUUGCCAAGUGGGCGGAAGGUUCCAAAAACCAGGAAGCAGUUAGAAUAUAUAAUAACAUCUACUUACACCAACGAGGAGUCCCCCAGAUUGAAGAAAGCGACGUUAAUAAGUGCCCAAAAUGUCGUGGACUGUCAUACUGUUCCAUAGAUCUCCGUGAACCUAAGAACCCAACACCCUUUCAUGAUCUGACAAGUCGAGAGAUUAAAUCAAUUUUCAAUUUCAUGUUUGCUCAGAGACGUUUAAAUCUUACCAUGCAAAGUGAGGCAACUUUGUCUUCAAACUACAUUUUCUCUAUGGAAUUAAUACUUUCUAAAAAGAAGCAUAUAAAGUAUAGGCAUCAUAAAAAAUUAGCAAGGAAAGCACUGGUCACGGUAUUUUUUGGUGGUAAAACGAAUCCAAUUGUUGCAGAGUAUUGUGUAAAGCUUAGUCCUCGACCUAGAUUUUGUGGAAGACCUAGAUUUAUCCCUUUUCAUUUUAGACCUUUCACAAAUCCAGAAUUCUCGCUAGCUAUUGAAAUUCUUAAAGAAGAGGCAGAGAGAUUAGUAGGUGAUAUUUUGUUAGAGAGUUUUGAGGCAACUCUACUGAACUGUGGGGACAGAUGUUUAGAUAUUGAAACGGCAGUCCCCUAUGCUGCAGUGGCGUCGGGUGUUCGUGGUGAAAAUUUUCGAGGCAUCUGGUUUCCUUUUUUUCAAAGUCGACGCCCAAGCCUUCUGAAUCCUGUUGACUUUGUUGUUCUUGUCUUGAUAAAUGGGACGGCUACACCACAGACUGCAGAUGUCUGGUACAAUGGCCAACUGUUUGAUUCACUUCAGGCAUUCAAGGAUGCAUGGCAGACUGGAACGGUAAAUAAACUCCAUGUGUGUUUCCCUUUGAACCCACAUCCUAUAAAGGUCUUUCCCCCGCAUCCACAAAGACCUCCAGUUCAAGUUGAACCAGACGGAAAGCGCUACUCAAUCAAAGGCCAGUCAGUUCACUACAUGAACUGGGACUUUCAGUUUGGAGUAUCACCUACUCAUGGUCCUCAACUUUACAAAAUAAAAUACAAAAACGAUUUGAUUGUUUAUGAAUUAGGUCUGUCAGAGAUAACGGUAUUUUAUUCUUCUGCUGAACCUAUAGGUAGAUUUGCCAAUUUCUUUGACACUGUGGUUUUGAUUGGAACCGACAUUCAAACAUUAGUUCCUGGUGUCGAUUGUCCAACUCAUGCUACCUUUGCAGAUUCAACAUUUAUGUCGGAAUCUUCAGAUGUACCAAUAAUAAGAAGGAACUCUGUAUGUGUGUACGAACACAAUACAGGUAUACCUCUCAGACGACAUUAUGUAGCGGAUGACUAUCCAUCUGGCUACUAUGAAGGUGCACCUAAUACCGCACUUGUUCUACGAAUGAUUUUUACUCUUGUAAAUUACGACUAUAUCUUUGACUUUAUUUUCUAUCACAAUGGUGCAAUGGAAACAAAAGUACUGACGUCAGGGAUAGCUUUGCCGUCAUACGUUCAAAACACCUGUAAAUAUGGUUUCCAGAUGAACAGGCAAUCUACCGGUCUUCUUCAUCAACACAUGUUUAAUUUUAAGGUUGAUGUCGAUAUUGGAGGGACGAAAAACAGCUACACUACAUACGAUAUACGAGAAGAAAGCGUUCCAAACCAAUUUUCAAAGUCUCCUGAAACAUGGUACCAAACAAGAAUAGUUAAAGUCAAUUAUACUACAGAGAGAGAAGCUGCAUUUAGGUAUAAUUUUAGCGAACCCAAAUAUCACGUGUUCUACAAUGAAAAGAAUAGGGAUAAGUUUGGUAAUCCUAGGGCGUACCGGCUUCUUCUAAGAGGAGUAGCCAAAAGUAUGUUCAAGGAAGGAGAAGGAAACGAGCCAGGCGCUUCAUGGAUGCGAUAUCAAUUGGCCGUUACUAAAAGAAAAGAAAAGGAACGAUACAGCAGCUCUAAAUAUGCCACCUAUGAUGGGGAAGACAGUGUUGUCAAUUUUGAAAAUUUUAUAGGCGAUGAAUCAAUCGUACAAGAGGACCUGGUUGCUUGGGUAACUCUAGGGGUCCAUCACAUACCACACACAGAUGAGGUACCAAACCAACAAACCGUCGGUGGUGACGUAAGCUUCUUCCUUUUGCCUUUCAACUAUUUUAUAAAAGAUCCAAGCUUGGGAAUUCGGGACGGUGUAGAAAUUUUCUACGAUGAUCCAAAGGGUCCCCUAAAGAUAAAGUCUAAUAUGGAGGAGGUUGACUGUGUACCAAUGCGCAAAUACACCGUUGAAGACCUAGCAGCUGAUCCUGAAGAGUUUUUACCUCGACCUAUAGAUGAUUAA